UACUCGUGUCGGCCUUGGCCCGGGUGGCGUGGUGAAGAUGGCUGCAGCCGGCGACCCUGGCGGUCAUGAAAGCUACCGUUCUCCGCUGGCGGCCCGCUACGCCAGCCUCGAGAUGUGCUUCUUGUUCAGCGACAGGUACAAGUUCCAGACGUGGCGGCAGCUGUGGUUGUGGCUGGCGGAGGCCGAGCAGACACUGGGGUUGCCCAUCACAGAUGAACAGAUCCAGGAGAUGAGGUCAAACCUGAGCAACAUUGACUUCCAGAUGGCCGCCGAGGAGGAGAAACGGCUGCGCCAUGAUGUCAUGGCUCACGUGCACACGUUCGGCCACUGCUGUCCGAAAGCUGCGGGCAUCAUCCAUCUGGGCGCCACCUCCUGCUACGUUGGAGACAAUACAGACCUGAUUAUCCUAAGAAAUGCUUUUGACCUGCUUUUGCCAAAGCUUGCUAGAGUGAUCUCGAGGCUUGCCGACUUUGCCAAGGAACAUGCUGACCUGCCCACCUUAGGCUUCACACACUUUCAGCCUGCUCAGCUGACCACAGUUGGGAAACGCUGCUGCCUUUGGAUUCAAGACCUUUGCAUGGAUCUCCAGAACUUAAAGCGUGUUCGUGACGAGCUACGUUUCCGGGGAGUGAAGGGCACCACUGGCACACAGGCCAGCUUCCUGCAGCUCUUCGAGGGGGAUCACCAGAAGGUGGAGCAGCUGGACAAGAUGGUGACAGAAAAGGCAGGGUUUAAAAGAGCUUUCAUCAUCACAGGACAGACCUACACACGGAAAGUGGACAUUGAAGUGCUGUCUGUGCUGGCCAGCUUAGGGGCGUCAGUACACAAGAUUUGCACUGACAUACGCCUCCUGGCCAACCUGAAGGAGAUGGAGGAGCCCUUUGAGAAGCAGCAGAUCGGCUCGAGUGCGAUGCCAUACAAGCGCAACCCCAUGCGCUCUGAACGUUGCUGCAGCCUGGCCCGCCACCUGAUGGCCCUUACCAUGGACCCACUACAGACGGCUUCCGUGCAGUGGUUUGAACGCACACUGGAUGAUAGUGCCAACCGACGGAUCUGUUUGGCUGAAGCGUUUCUCACGGCAGACACUGUGUUAAAUACCCUGCAGAACAUUUCUGAAGGAUUGGUGGUGUACCCCAAAGUAAUUGAACGACGCAUUCGGCAAGAGCUGCCUUUCAUGGCCACAGAGAACAUCAUCAUGGCGAUGGUCAAGGCUGGGGGCAGCCGACAGGACUGUCAUGAGAAAAUCAGAGUGCUCUCCCAGCAAGCAGCUGCCGUGGUUAAACAGGAAGGCGGUGACAAUGACCUUAUAGAGCGCGUUCGGGCAGAUGCCUACUUCAACCCCAUUCACUCACAGUUGGAGCAGCUGUUAGACCCCUCUUCUUUCACUGGCCGAGCACCCCAGCAGGUCCACAGGUUCCUAGAAGAGGAAGUUCAUCCCCUGCUGAAGCCCUACGGGGAUGUGCUGGCGGGGAAAUCAGAGCUGUCUCUGUAGCAGGGAAGACAACG